AAUUGAAAUGUUAAGAUAAUAGGUCAGCUGUUAAAUAUGUUUCUCCUCAAAUACCUCUGUGGUAUAUUGUUCCUCACAUCUCUCUCUAUGUGAAAAAGUAGACAGAGUGAAAAGAACAAAUUCCAGUAAGCUUAGCUGUGACCAAUGAGCAGUCCAGUUCUCUUUAAGCUUUUUUUAAUUAAGAAAACUAUUAACUUCAGAAAUGGGCUUUUGCUGUAACAGUCAGUAAUAGAUAUUUCCAACACCAUACUAGUCUGGAGGUACCAGACCCAAUGGGUUAGUAGACUGCUUUAAAAAAAAACUAGAGCUGUGUUUAGAUUGCUUUAGAUGUUGUAUGGCCAAAUUGUAUAUCUCUUUUCCAUGGGUGUUGCAGGCUCACUUUCAUCUGCUGUAGUACGGGUUGAAGUGGUGGAGGCCACUUGAGUUGAUAUAGUUUGGAGAUUUUCUUCAUGUGAGCACAGGCUCAUCCCUCACUCUAUCAUGGCAUAAUCAAUUUUAUGAAGACUUCUCAUUCAAAGAGUGGGAUCUUCUAAGGUCUCAGCACCAGGGUUCUGGGCAGCGCCCUGAGAGGUCCACUGCUCGCACGCCUCUUCUCUCAAUCUCCACCAGCGCUGCUACUGCCUCCCUAGUCCCCCCCUGCUGCAGAGAGAGAAAAUUACAUCGGAAUCCAUGCAGCCGGCAAUGAUGAUGUUUUCUAGUAAAUACUGGGCAAGGAGAGGGCUUUCUCUGGAUUCAGCAGUGCCCGAAGAGCAUCAGCUGCUUGGCAGCAUAACACUAAAUAAAACUAACGCUGGCAAAAAUGAUGAUAAAAAAGGCAACAAGGGAAGCAGCAAAAGUGACACUGCUACCGAGAGCAGCAAGAUGGCAGUUGUAUUCUCCUUGAAAAAUGAAGUUGGUGGAUUGGUCAAAGCACUGAAACUCUUUCAGGAAAAACAUGUAAAUAUGGUUCAUAUUGAGUCCAGGAAAUCUCGGCGAAGAAGUUCGGAAGUUGAAAUCUUUGUGGACUGUGAGUGUGGCAAAACGGAAUUCAAUGAGCUCAUUCAGUCACUGAAAUUUCAAACCACGAUUGUGACGCUGAAUCCGCCAGAGAACAUUUGGACAGAGGAAGAAGCAGAGCUAGAGGAUGUGCCCUGGUUUCCCCGGAAGAUCUCUGAGUUAGACAAAUGUUCUCACAGAGUUCUCAUGUAUGGUUCUGAGCUGGAUGCCGAUCACCCAGGAUUUAAAGACAAUGUCUAUCGACAGAGAAGGAAGUAUUUUGUGGAUGUAGCCAUGGGUUAUAAAUAUAACGCCCUUCCAUGUCCAGCUUCCCCAGUGAAAGUAGAGGAUUCAGCAAGAAUGGUGAAAAGACUCAUUGGUCAGCCCAUCCCCAGAGUGGAGUACACAGAGGAAGAAACUAAAACUUGGGGUGUUGUGUUCCGAGAGCUCUCCAAACUCUAUCCUACUCAUGCUUGCCGGGAGUAUUUGAAAAACUUCCCUCUGCUGACUAAAUACUGUGGCUACAGGGAGGACAACGUGCCCCAACUUGAAGACGUCUCGGUUUUUCUGAAAGAAAGGUCUGGCUUCACGGUGAGACCAGUGGCUGGAUACCUGAGCCCUCGAGACUUUCUGGCAGGACUGGCCUACAGAGUGUUCCACUGUACUCAGUACAUCCGCCAUGGCUCGGACCCCCUCUACACCCCGGAACCAGACACAUGUCACGAACUCCUGGGACAUGUCCCUCUACUUGCGGAUCCUAAGUUUGCUCAGUUUUCACAAGAAAUAGGCCUGGCAUCUCUGGGAGCAUCAGAUGAAGACGUUCAGAAACUAGCCACAUGCUAUUUCUUCACUAUUGAGUUUGGCCUUUGCAAGCAAGAAGGGCAGCUGCGGGCAUAUGGAGCUGGGCUGCUUUCCUCCAUUGGAGAAUUAAAGCAUGCUCUUUCUGACAAGGCAUGUGUGAAAGCCUUUGACCCAAAGACAACUUGCUUACAGGAAUGCCUUAUCACCACCUUCCAGGAAGCCUACUUUGUUUCAGAAAGUUUUGAAGAAGCCAAAGAAAAGAUGAGGGACUUUGCAAAGUCAAUUACCCGUCCCUUCUCAGUCUACUUCAAUCCCUACACACAGAGUAUUGAAAUUCUGAAAGACACCAGGAGCAUUGAAAACGUGGUACAGGACCUCCGCAGCGAUUUGAACACCGUGUGUGAUGCCUUGAACAAAAUGAACCAAUAUCUGGGAAUUUGAUGUCUGGGACCUGUAUCAUUGCCAGCCUGAUCUUUUGGGGGCUUAGCAGCAAUUCAGUCCAUGUCAUGUAACACCAAUAGCUUUCUGUGUCUUGGCUUGGCUAGUAAGCAUGCAAUUCUGUAUAUUUCUACCUACUUGCAACUUACUGUGAUAAUGUAUGAAACACCAUAAAGAACCCGAUGACAGAUAACCACUCAUUGUAUGAAAGAUCGUAAUACAUUUAAAUGUCUUAAAUAGAUUUGACAUUCCAGCUUAGUGUCCUUAACCAAGCUGCAGCUAUUGAAAAUUGGUAACAAAUAGCCCUCUUAUGAUUCUAGCUCGUGACCUUUCCUUUCUCAGACCUGAGCCUUUCCUCUGUGUUCAUUAGAUAACACGAAAAUAGCAGUGAAACUGUUUCUGUUUUCUCUAGUAUCAGUGUUUUCACAGCACUAUUUGAGAUAAACCCAGAAUUGUAUGAAACUUCCCAUCACAUUAACAAAAGAUUCAGUAUUCUGUUUCAAAAAUUGAAAGUAGUGAGCACACUAGUUGGAAUGGUUUUUAGGUUGAUUAUUUAUACAAUGUAAGAAAAGAGAAAUUUCCACAAAUAGAAAAUAUAUGUUGCGUUGACCUUGUAGAAACUGAGUUGUGACAUGCUUCCCAAAGUAUUUUGGAAGAAAACACUUCCAGAAAGGACAUUAGGAAAGACUAAACAAUGGGGAAAAAUCUUGGGACUAUGAAUUUUAUGCUGGAAUAAAGAGAUUAUCAUUCUCAGCUGGUUAACCCAUUUCUCUUGGAGAAUAAUUAUAUCAUAGAGCUUUGAUUUCAAUGACAUAGAAAUUGAGUCUCAGAGAGGUUAAGUGAUCUGCUUAAAGUAGCACAGUUAGUGGUGCACCAACAUUUACAGCCCAUCACAUCUCACUUUUGGAUUGCUAAGACAUUCAACUUGGUGUAUGUAUGUAUUUAUGAUGUGUAGUCAUAGAAGGGAAACUAAUGCUUAUCAAAACUAAUGUUUAUCACUAAAUAGGACUUGGUUUGUGAUCAUGGGUUGACAGCAGUACAGAAAUUUCCUCUCACACCCCCCAACCAAGCUAGGUCUCUGGGAGUCUGUCCACUUGGCUAAAGUUUGGGCAAAUUUGGGUAAACAAUAAUGAUAUACCACAAAUUUCAGUCAUCUUUGCUAUAAGAGGUAUAAUCAGGUGCUUAAGUGAACAAAUAAAAAAUUGCUGAAUGAG